AAUCUUAAGUGUGGUCCGUGACUUUGUCCCAGUGUUUAAUUGGGCCCACUGUGAAUUUGAGUUAGGUCAAGAAUUAGGGUAUUCCAUGGAAAUAAAGCCACAGCUCAUGCCCAGUGACUCGUUUUAAUUUAGUCUAACUAAUUAGUGUGUGAAAUUCAAACACAAAUCUGAGGUUUCAGAAUGAUCACCGGUCACAACUGACCCACAUCUCCAGAAUCAAACAACUCAAGCUUUCUCUUUUAAGACAACAGUCAGUGAGUUUGAUGAAGCCGAUGUAAAGUAGGGUGGAUAAGCAUAGACCUAGUUGGAUGUUAAAAAUGUAUAAAUUACUAUUAUUACUGUAGAAGAAAUGCAAACUGUUAUUUUUACCGUGACUUUCUGACAGCAUUAAACUGGACGCAGGUUGUGUUUUUAAAUGUUAGCUUCUCGCCGUUGACAGUCACAUUGGUAUGAACCAAACAGGUCAGUGCAUGCUGUGUUUGGGUGCAGCUGCUUAUGGUGAAACUCAUCGUGUUGCAUCGUGUCAUCUGAGGACUUGAGCAAAAUGUGGGUUCUGCCUGACAGAGUGGGCAGAAAUGAAACAUAUUCAAAUCGAAUCCAUUAGAAAAGGAAAUGAAACCGUCUGACAAAAAUAUCUGUGUCUUUUCCUGAGGCUGCGGUUGAAGAUAACAGGUGUGUGUGUGUUUUUCUCCCUUUGCUCUGUUGUACAGGGUUCACUUGUGUCAAUCUCCUGGACCAGUACAGCAGCAGUGAUGAACUGGUCAGGACUGGAGAGCCUGGUGAGUGGAGUGAACAAAUACUCCACAGCCUUCGGGAGGAUCUGGUUGUCCAUGGUUUUCGUGUUCCGUGUGAUGGUGUUUGUAGUGGCCGCUCAGAGAGUGUGGGGAGAUGAGAGCAAAGACUUUGUUUGUAACACUCGGCAGCCUGGCUGCACCAACAUCUGCUACGACCACAUCUUUCCCAUUUCCCACAUCCGUCUGUGGGCGCUACAACUGAUCUUCGUCACCUGCCCAUCUCUGAUGGUCAUGGCCCACGUCAAGUACCGUGAGGGGAAGGACAGAAAAUACGUGGAGCUGCAUCAUGGCUCACAUCUGUAUGCCAACCCAGGCAAGAAGAGGGGAGGGCUGUGGUGGACAUAUCUGCUGAGUCUCAUCUUCAAAGCUGGAUUUGACAUCGCCUUUCUCUACAUUUUGUUCAGAAUAUACCACGGCUACGACCUGCCCAGGUUAUCCAAGUGUUCGUUGGAGCCGUGCCCCAACACUGUCGACUGCUUCAUCAGCCGCCCCACGGAGAAAAAGAUCUUCAUGUUGUUCAUGGUGAUAUCCAGUGCACUGUGCAUCUUCAUGUGCUUUUGCGAGAUGAUUUAUCUCGUGGGAAAACGCUUCAGCAAACUUUUGAGAGUGCGACACGAGAACCAGAGAGUCAUAUUUGCUGAUCAACACGAGCUAACUGAAUUAGCCCCGCCCAGGUCACAGUAUCGGAGAACAGACCCGACACUCUCAGCCAGCAAUCUGAAUUUGAAUAAGGAGAAAGUGAGAGAAGGUACUACAACUACAACAUUGUAGAACACGGUGGUCCAUCAUCUACGGAGGGAGGUGGACACCAAAGGAACAAUGAAAAAACAAACUCUGAGAAGUCUGAGAAGGAUCUUUGACAUCCUUUUUACUGUUGUACUGCACAAAGUACACAAAGGUGACCAACUCUACUAUAAUACUGGAACACAAGAGUCUUUAAUAUAUGCUGAGAAACCCCAGGAGGUUCACAGUUUACCUGUAGUCUUUUGUAUGAACAUGUCAAUUACAGCACUUCAAUCAUUGUUGAAAGCUUAUCAUUAUUAUUUUUCUAUUUAAAAAAAAUCCUUUUUAGAAAAUGUCCAUCACACAACUUUGGAGCAGUGAGACAAGGAGUGAGCGAGUGAGCGAGUGACUGUGUGAAUGAAUGAGUGAGUGAAUAUAAACAAACACAUGUAAAGAAUGUUAUAUAGUUAUUAUAGAUAUAUAGCAAUGUAUAAGCUGCACUCUACUUUUGUCAAAACAUGUUCAGUCUCAGGGCUUUACCUUGAAUCUAGGAAACUUUCCACUUUAUCCAAUCAGGAGCCAGGGGACUGUGGUUUAAUGGUUAUGUAAGGCAUUGCAUUAUAGGCUUGUUAAAAUUAGAAUUUCUUGCAAACUAUGGAUAGAACUAUAAGAUUGAUGUUUUGACUACAGAAAGUUGAAUGGAGAAAGGCUGUUGUCUGGUCAGAUUAGGUCAGAUUAGAUUGAACCCCACUGAUGCCACGCUGGGAAAAUGGAAAAAACACAGCAUUCACUUUUAAAGGCUGCGAUUGAAGGCAGUCUGGAAUGACUUUUGUAACAAUGUCCUCUGUUGACAUAACAUAUUCAAAGGCUUCGUCGCCCAAAUAUAAGACAAAUCUUGGCAGUACAGAGAAGUCUUCUGUAAACUACCCAGUGGACGUAAAAGAUAAAGCAGACAUACAGACACAGCUAAUGGUGCAGAAUGGGCACAAUUUGAAUUUGCUGGUUCCUGGUGCUUGUUCACUACCACAAACCUUAAACAGUAUAUUGGUACGUAAACCAUAAAAAGAUGUUCAGAAAAAGUCCCUAAAAUGUAAUACAGUAACAACCUGAAACACACUGGUUUUAUUUCAUGGGUGACUGUGAGGUACAGCUCUGACUCCUCUGGUGUUUGAUGACAAUGUUGAUUUAAAACAACAGCCAUCGUACUCCCUCUAAACACAUCCUCUCUGAGGAGAAAACACAGUCCACCUCGUCAGUUGACGUCACCUGACCCCAGUUCAUGAGUUUGAGCUCAUCAGCAGCCGUUAACCCAGUGGUUCUCAAACUUUCUCUGCUCGGGCCCCCUUUGGUUCAGUAGAAAAUCUUUUACACCAAAAAAAAAAAACAAACCAGGACCCCUGUAAUGACACUGGGGCCCCCUAUGAAUUGCGCCCCCCAGUUUGGGAACCUCUGGGUUAAAGUACCAGGUUUCUGCAAGUCACUGUUUUUUCUCUUAUUGUCACUCAAUCUGACAUUUUUGUUAGACUUUUACAGUCGGCUCAAAUAUUAACAACAACAACAAAAAUAGAAAGAUAGACAAAAAAAA